AUGUUACAAACGGCUUUUGAUCAAAUUGCUCGUCUUAAUGAAGCUAAACAACAAUUAAUUCGAGACUUACAAGAUAAACAUACGGCUUUUGCUAUAUGUGAAGAAAAUUUACAAUUAAAUGAAUUUUCACCAAAUAUUAGUUAUAAACCUGAUCCAUGUCGACCAAUAAAAGGACAAAUAACACCAGAAGAAUGGCUUGCUUUUUCAAAAUAUAAUAAAGAUCGUGCAGAAAAAGAAAUGUAUGAAUCCGUACGUCUUCGUGAAAGUAUAUUUCAUACAAUGGGUCAAUCAGCAGCUGAUCUUGAAUCACAAGGAAAAGCAAGUGAAUAUGCAUUACGAAAACGUCUUCAUGAACUUGAACGAGCACUUAAAGAACUUGAAUGGCAAAAGAAACAAACGGAAGAAGAAAUUCUUAGCAAUGAAAAUGAUAUUGAUCGUUUAGAAAAAGCUGUACGAGAUAAAGAACCAUUAAUUAAAUUAGCGAUGACACGACAAGAAAAUCGUCAUAAUAGACCUGGAAUGGAUUUAGUUCGUGAUGAAGUUUCAUAUGGAUUAUGUGAUGAAAUUCAACAAUUAAAAGCUGAAAAACGUGCCUUGGAAGAUCAAUUAAAACAAACAAAACAUGCAUGGAAUAUUCUUCAACAACAAUUGCAUAGAAUUGAAGAUGAAAUAGCUGUUAAAUCAAAUUCAAUAAUGCUUGAAAAACGAGCAUUAGAAACUCGACGUCGUCUUAAUACAGAAAUAACACCAAGUACAGAAACUGAUCGUAAUCUACAAUUACUUAAUAUGGAUUCCAGUGGCCUUCGUCCAAUUCUUCAAUCAACCUAUUAA